AAACCAAGCAGCUUCAUCACACAAGCGUCCUGCAAGCUCUCCUCUUGCGCUAUACCACACAGGAGAGCAUUACACGAGCUGAUUUGCUGAAGGUGAGUUGGCAUGGCGAGGUUUGCUGCCCUCGCCGUGUGCGCCGCUGCGCUUCUGCUCGCCGUGGCGGUGGGCGGCGCCGCGGCGCAGGGCGUGGGCUCGGUCAUCACGCGGUCGGUGUACGCGAGCAUGCUGCCCAACCGCGACAACUCGCUGUGCCCGGCCCGGGGGUUCUACACGUACGACGCCUUCAUCGCCGCCGCCAACACCUUCCCGGGCUUCGGCACCACCGGCAGCGCCGACGACAUCAAGCGCGACCUCGCUGCCUUCUUCGGCCAGACCUCGCACGAGACCACCGGAGGGACGAGAGGCGCUGCCGACCAGUUCCAAUGGGGCUACUGCUUCAAGGAAGAGAUAAGCAAGGCCACGUCUCCACCCUACUAUGGACGGGGACCCAUCCAAUUGACAGGGCGGUCCAACUACGAUCUCGCCGGGAGAGCCAUUGGGAAGGACCUGGUGAGCAACCCGGACCUAGUGUCCACGGACGCGGUGGUGUCCUUCAGGACGGCCAUGUGGUUCUGGAUGACGGCGCAGGGCAACAAGCCGUCGAGCCACAACGUCGCCCUACGCCGCUGGACACCGACGGCCGCUGACACCGCUGCCGGCCGGGUGCCCGGAUACGGAGUAAUCACCAAUAUCAUCAACGGCGGGCUCGAGUGCGGCAUGGGCCGGAACGACGCUAACGUCGACCGCAUCGGCUACUACACGCGCUACUGCAGCAUGCUCGGCACGUCCACCGGGGGCAACCUCGACUGCUACACACAGAGGAACUUCGCUAGCUAGAAGUUGCUUGUCUGAUAUAUGCAGGUCCCACGGCCAUCACAGUGUAUGCACUCGUUACGAAUAAAUGGCAAUACAUAUGCCGUCGUGGAAUAAAGGAUUCAACAUAUAUAUGGAAUCAGAUUAUAUAACA